AUGACCUCCUCCACAUCCUAUGAGACCACUGUUGGCUCUGAAGUCAUUACAAUCUCUACCACAGCUUCUGAAACCAUCAGGUCAUCUACAAAAGCACCUGUGUCCAUCCUGGCUUCCACCACAGGCUCUGAAAAUACUAUAGGCUCUCGAACCAUCACAGCUUUUGAGAGAAACCCAGCCUCCACCAAAGCUUCUGAGAUCACCAUAUCUGCCACCACAGCCUCUGAAACUGCCACAGCCUCCACCAUGGCCUCUGAGACCACCACAGCCUCUAAGACCACCACAGUCUCUAAGACCAUCACAGCCUCCACCACAACAUCUGAGACCAGCAUGACUCCCAACACAACCUCUGGGAUCACAUCAGAACCUGUUAGCAAACUAGCCACCACUGGAUCCCUCACAACUUCCAGUGGGACUAUCACACCAGCCAACACUGAAUCCAGCACAACUGCCAAUGGAAGUAACACACCAGCCAAUACUGGAUCUGGCAUGCUCUCCAGUGGGACUAGCACACCAACCAACACUGGAUCUGGCAUAACUUCUGGUGGGAUUAUCAUAUCAGCCAACACUGGAUCUGGCACAACUUCUGGUGGAACUAGCACACUAACCAACACUGAAUUUGGCACAACCUCCAGUGGGACUAGCACACCAGCCAACACUGGAUCUGACACAACUUCUGGUGUCAUUAACACACCAGCCAACACUGGAUUUAGCACAAUCUCCAGUGGGACUAGCACACCAACCAACUCUGGAUCUGGCACAACCUCUGGUGGGACUGUCACACCAGCCAACACUGAAUCCAGCACAACCUUCAGUGAGACUAGCACACAAGCAAACACUGGGUCAAGUGGAACUUCCAGUAGCUCUGGCACACCUAACCAAACUGGAACCCACACAACUUCCAAUAGGAUUAGCACAAGUCCUACUACUCUCAUUAAUGAGGAGAAGCCUAGUGGGUCCCUGAAACCAUGGGAAAUCUUCCUCAUCACGUUGGUCUCAGUCAUAAUGGCAUUGGUACUCUUUGGUGGACUCUUCAUCUGUGUGAGUAACUCCCUGUCACUGAGAAAUGUCUUCAGCACAGCUCUUUACCGCCCUCAUGGAAGGAAUCAUGGACAACUGGAGCGAGGCAUGCCCUCCUCUAGUAGUCUGACAAGUGUCACAGCAAAUGGGAUGUCCUCUGCAACCAUCCAGAAUACAGCCAAUAUAACCAGUAGUGUGUCCUCCUCUAACCAGUGUCACAGAGAGUGGGACAUCCUCUCCAGCCAUCCAGAAUACAGCCAGUACAACCAGUGCUGUGUUGUCCAUGACCACACCAAACCCAAGAAGUGA